AUGUACGGGCUACCUAUGGACCCGUUUCCGCCGUACAUGCAGAAGGAUCCGAUGGAUUUCUCUGCAUCAAACGAGGCUUAUCGUGGCGGACACAACACCACUGGCCCGUUUCAAGAGCCACUGCCACAACACCCGCCCAUGUCUGUGGAUUCCAGUCCAUACGCAGACUCCAGUCUCACAAGUGGCAGCUCGCCAAUCUUCACGGACGAUGGAUCAAAUGAACACCUUAUCAUCGCCCACCUAGAGAAUAUAGUUCGCGAUAUGAUCCAUUCCGUCAACAUUCGCAACUUCGAAGAUCAAGCCCACCCGUGGAGCACACAUAUGGCGAUUAACGCGAGGGUGGUUCCUGGAAACCUCCUCUCAGCCGUGGAGAYGGAUCGCAAAGGCUAUCUUGCAUGGCUGAAUAACAUCACGGCUGCCCGUCCGCACUUCUUCCAAACCAUCACGGAACUCAUGACGACUGUGAAGAAUGAAAAGUCAGCGGAGGUCAUUGCGUCGAAAGACACUCAUGGAAGCCCGCCUGGGCUGGUGAAGCCGAGCAUUGUUAUGAUGGAGUUUAAGCUGUUUGACCAGCAGACCUGGAUGUGCACUUCCAUACGAUCCGUCCAUGGGAUUGAGUCGAUGCCUGGUUCAUGA